CCUCAUAACCCCUUCCCCCGUUCAACUAAACCCUAAUUCUGUCUCCAUCUGCUCCUUUCCUUCUUCUUCACGAUUACUGUAAGAAUGGAAAGGUUUCAUCGAACAGAUUGCAACGAGCUCUUAUCGCAAAUCAAGCAUCAAGAGAAGCUGCUUAAUCUCAAAAGAAGGUGGUUGAUGGGACUUUCGACUUCCAAAUCGAAAAAGAAGCAAUUCGAGGAGCCCAAGUUUUUUAAGUUCAAGACUUUGCCUGAAUCUUUUCUAAGGGAGGAUGAUAUGUUCUACGAAACUAUUAAAGCUCGUGUCGAAAAUGCCUUCGGAGUAAGCAAUUUCAAAACAGGAAAUCAUGUAAUUGAAGAUAGCGCUGAAUCAUUUAAUGCACAAACGAUAAAUGAAGUCCUUUUCUCAUGUCUCGAUGCUUUGACUAAUGAUGGGCUUCAGCAAAUUGUUAUGAUACUUUCAGGUGGCUCAGGGAAGUUUGAGAAAACUCGAUGCAAAAUGAAAAAAGUUAUUAGAGAAUGUUUGCCAAGGUUUCUGAGCAGUGGAGAUCACGAUCACAAGAAGAAGACCGAUAUUAUGCAGCUAUUUAAAAUUCUCAAUGACCUUCGAUAUUUUCGAAGCAGUACUAUGAAAUCAAUGACUCUAACAUCUAAGUUUCUUCAUGCUGCUGCAAUCCAUGUACUGGAUGGGCUAGAGGAUUUGCCUUUGCAGACCUUGGUUGCAAUGGACAAGAAGCUUCGAUGUGUCAAAUCUAUGCCCGAGUUAAAGACUUGUGAACGUGGUCAGAAACGUAAACGUCUAAUUCAAAAAGUGAAUAAAACGGCUAGGAAGAUGCUUAUGGAUCUUGAUGACGUUGGGAAACUACAAGAGCCCUUAGCUAAAGCAUUGAUGAUAGCAGACUUGUCACUAAAGCUAACUAUGGGUUGUCAAAAUACCUCCACAACAAGCUUUCACCAAUUCACGCCAGAAAUAGUAAGCUUGCAGAAUGAUAUUGUGAGGGCUAUUUGGACUCUUAAAACGAAGGCUAGAUUCCCAGAGCUGAAAGCCUUAAAGCUUUUGUUGGAUCCAAAUGUUGAAAUAGCGACUCGUUCUUUAAGAGGAGCAAUUACAAAUAUGUUAACAGAGUUCCUCUUUGAGUGCAGUGAUAUGGAUAUGGUUCCCAAGUCUUUAUUAGAAGCACUUUCUGUUAUCAACAAGGAUUCCCGAUCUUUGCCACAAGGACGAUUCGUAGAAGAUGAAAUCGAGGAAGAGGUUGAAUGUAUACUCACUGUGAGUGCUGAGAUGAAACAAGUCUUUUGGGACUUGCUUCCUGAUCAUGAGUUAGAUGAGGAAUUUGCCGAUGCAUAUGGGGAAGAAUUAGAAGAAAGUGAUGAUGAUUGUUGUAUUGAGGAUACUGGCAAUUAUGGCAAUGAUGGGAAAAUAGUGAAUGAGGACUUAGAGAGUUGCAUGUCCUAUUCUGUUGCUUCAGUCGACAGAGAUGAGGUUAUACAGGAUGUGAAAAUGGAGCCGGAAAUUGCCUCAGGUCAUGAAAAAAGUAGUGAAGAUAUAAACCAACUAAUGAAUGUGGUCAAACCGCUUGCAGCAAAUAACAGAAAUUGUCCUUCAGUUGAGAGAGCUGAGGUUGAACAGAACAUUGAAGUGGAUCCAGAAAACACAUCGACCAUUUCAUCUAACUUUCAAUCGAGGAAUGAAACAUUUGCUGACAACAAAACAAGCACUCGGAGAAAUCGAUAUCUUGCAAUCCAAGAAGCAUGUGAUGAAGCAAGUUUGGUGGCCCACAAUCUAAUUGGUCGGUUACUGGAAAAGUUUGCUAAGGAGCAGGACAUGGAUUUAGAUUGGAGUGAUAACGUAUAUCUCGGGGGUGACUUUUCACCUCAACAAUAUACACAAGAAAAGAAGCAGAAAUUAUCCAAAGAUGAUGUCGGAGAUCAUCUUAUCGAAACACUCAAGGAGUUUAUGGCUUUUGUUCCAAAGAGGCCGCAGUGACAUCAAAGUUGGAUGAGUUGAUGUGGGCACAUUUUUAUCACCCUUUUAUUUGCUGGGAAUAUUAUAUCGGCAUUCGGCACAGAUUUUGUAUUAUAUCAGUUUUUAUUUAUUAAACUCGACCUAUUCAAAUUCCUACUUCAACCUUCAAUUAUUGGAGUUUUGGCUUGGCUUACAAGGAGCAAAGACCAAAGCAAUCAUAUGGCUUCACCAAUUCAUUGUGCAGAAAAGUAACUGCUUGUAAGUGGUAAAGUUCGAUCAUCUUUGCUUGCUAAUCUGGUUACCAUCAGACCGACGUGCGAUAACUCAUCGAAGUUUUGUAAACUUGAGAACUAUAUAUUGCCUCAUAUUCAUUCAGAAUUCGGAAACAUUCGAUUUUUUCCCCUACAUGUACCUAUUGUUAGUGAGUUACUAAAGGAAAUAAUUGAGAAAGUGUAGCAUUGCAA